UCGAACUUCGUCGCGAAGACGCCCGGUGUUCGACGAGAUAAAUAAAUGUGUGGGUGUUGUGUUUAUGAGAAAUUGAAUUGACAUUUGACAUAUUAUGCCGAUCCUGGAUAAAAGAAAGGGCGAUGAUAUUCUGGCGCUGGUCCCCGCCUCGAAGAGGACCAAGAAUGAGGUCGUCUUCAGCAGCAGAGAAAAGGCGGUCGUGCAAAGCGGUCCACCGCGAACGUCCUCCUUGAUGUCGAUGAUAAUGUUGCUCGAGGGACACCAAGGAGAUAUCUUCUCCUUGGAAUUUCAUCCGGAAGGACAGUAUCUGGCAUCCACGGGAUUCGAUCGACAAAUCUUUAUCUGGAAUGUUUACGGAGAAUGCGAGAAUAUCGGUAUCAUGACUGGACACAGCGGCGCAGUGAUGGAACUACAUUUCAGUCCGGACGGCAAUCAUCUGUAUACAGCUAGCACAGACAUGACGCUAGGUUUGUGGGACAUAGUGGCUGGAACGCGAAUCAAGAAGUUGAAGGGCCACACUUCGUUUGUGAAUUCUGUGUCAGGAGCGCGAAGAGGACCCACGUUACUCUGCUCAGGCAGUGACGAUAGCACGAUACGUAUCUGGGAUCCUAGAAAACGUGGCCAAUGCCAUACAUUGAACAACACAUAUCAGGUCACUGCAGUAACAUUUAACGACACAGCGGAGCAAGUAAUCAGUGGCGGUAUCGAUAAUGAUGUAAAAGUAUGGGAUCUUCGCAAAAAUGCAGUACUUUACAAAUUGAAGGGACACACUGACACCAUUACUGGAUUGAGUCUCAGCCCUGAUGGAUCGUACAUACUUUCCAACGCUAUGGAUAACACGCUGAAGAUAUGGGACGUACGGCCAUUCGCGCCCUACGAACGCUGCGUAAAAAUAUUGUCCGGGCAUCAGCAUAACUUUGAAAAGAAUCUUCUGAGAUGCGCUUGGUCACCGGAUGGUAGCAAGGUUUCAGCUGGAUCGUCAGACAGAUUUCAUUAUAUUUGGGAUACCACGAGUCGUAGAAUAUUAUACAAAUUGCCGGGGCAUAAUGGAUCCGUAAACGACAUUGAUUUUCAUCCAAAGGAACCAAUCGUGUGCUCGGGAUCUAGCGACAAACAAAUCUACUUGGGUGAAAUUGAGUCCUAAUAAUAAUGAAAUUAUUUAUGGAGAUCGAAUUGUUUACUUAUUUAUGCAGACCUAAGAAAAUAACAUUAUCUCUUCAAAUAUCA